AUGUCUACUAUCACCAUCGUUGGUAUUCUUUAUGCUGUAUUGGCUUCGAUUACGAUUCUAUUUUCGUUAACCGUUCUGCUGGUGAUCACAACUCACUGGCGAUUAGAAUGUCGAUCGACAGCUAACCUUCUCACAUGCAACUCUUGUUCUGCAUUAUUUCUCUAUAGUCUAGCACUUGCGCUUCAAGUCCCCUUUGUUCUACAAAACAAUCCUGGUGACGCAAGUUUUCUUCUUUGUAAAAUACGUUCGUUUAUCUAUACGUGUUCGACAUUUAUCGUAUCAUACUCAUUUUUGAAUAUGGCGGUCUCUUGUUACUUUAUAACAAUGCUUUCUAAACUUCGAUACCUUCUCUCCUUUCAAACUCAUUGGUUCAUUAUUAUUAUUAGCUGGGUGUUGAGUGCCAUCGUAGCAAUUGCAACAUUUCUUUGUCCAUACGCGUAUGUCUACGAAGUUGAAUCUGGCCUAUGCGUUUUAACAACAAAGCAUUUUCUUGCAGCAUUCAUAGCUGCAAUCGUGGUUUUCAUCAUUCCUUUAAAUGCAAUAAUUCUUUUGUACGGAGCGAUCGUUUUCCAUAUAGUCCAACAGAAAAGGAUUCGUACGAAUAAUCUAAGUACUUCGCGAGCAAAACGAAAUAUAAAGGUAUUCAAAAAGAUCUUUCUUUACACUGGUAUUCUCGUCAUUGGUGGUACACCAUAUUUUUUCUCGACAAUAUUUCAUCAAAUGGGCUAUUACUCACCAGCAUUAAUUCUUGUCGUUCAUCUCAGCAUUGCAUCGGGAUGUGCUCUCGAUUCGAUAGCAAUACUUUUGACAAAUAAACAAGUCAAAAAUAUUCUUUUAGUUAAAGCCGGACGUCGUCAAAUGGAUCCGGCAAUCAAUAUCCAUCAACGCACGUUUAUUAACUAUAAUCAGAUACAAACAAUAACAGUAUUACCGAAAGUCGAUUAG